GCGCGAGCUGUAGCGCCAUGGCCGGAGGUGGCGGUGCGCGCCCGGCGCGCUGCGGUCUGGUCUCGCGUUCUGGGAGCCCCGGGUUGGAGGUCCCCCCUGCGUCACUCCCUAUCCCUCGCGCGGAAGCCCGUCCCGCUGGCGGAGGCGAAAGGUCGCGGCGCGCUGCCCAAGACCGGAGCUCAGGAGGCGUCCCUUCUCCUGCAGCUUGGCAGCACCCCUUCCUCAACGUAUUCCGACACUUCAGGGUGGAUGAGUGGAAACGGUCCAGCAAAGAGGGAGAUGUGGCCGUGGUGACGGACAAGGUCCUGAAGAGCGCCGUGUACCGCAUCCGUGGGUCUGUUUCCUCCAGCAACUACAUUCAGCUUCCUAGAACCAGUACCCAGUCCCUGGGGCUGACUGGGCGGUACCUGUAUGUACUUUUCCGGCCCCUGCCUACCAAGCACUUUGUCAUCCACCUGGACGUGUCCACUGAGGACGGCCAGGUCAUCCGUGUGUCUUUCUCCAACCUCUUUAAGGAGUUCAAGUCCUCUGCCACAUGGCUUCAGUUCCCCUUUGUCUUCGAGACUAAGACGUCCAGAAGAGACCUGGCAGGUGUAGCUCCUCGUGAUGUCCGCUGGACCUGCCUGCAGCUGGACCUGCAUGACAUUUUGAUGUUCUAUCUGAACCGGCACUACGGCCACCUCAAGAGCAUCAGGCUGUGUGCCAGCCUAUUAGUCAGAAACCUCUACACCAGUGAUCUGUGCUUUGACCCUGCUGUCACUGUCACUGAGGCCCGGCGUGCAAAGUUGCCUGUCAACCCCGUGCCUCGAGAAAUGGCCUUCCCAGUGCCAAAAGGGGAGAGCUGGCAUGACCUUUACAUCCAUGUUCGGUUUCCAAGUGAUAGCUCAAAAGCACCUCAUGAGCAGGUUGAGAGGAGCUGCCCCCCUCCAGAGGCAGGGCAUGUGUCACGGCGCCCGCCUCAUCCAGUGGUCUUUGGCAAACCUUUGCUGAGCAGUGGGUCCCCUGUGGCCCAGAUCUCUAGUCCCAUAUUGCCCUGCCAGGUCCCCUCGGCACCCAGACUUCUUCCAGAGGUCAGCCUGACCUACAAGCAUCCAGAGGUCUCCAGUGUACGUGCUUCCAGCAUCCCUGGCCAACGUCCUUCAGCCUGGGACGAGGCCACUGAUGCACACACAGUGGUCAGUGGUAAACAUGUACUUGCUGACAAAUCGUCUAGGGUGCCCAUGGCCCUUGAGGACCUCGGCUCCUGUAAGCUCUUCCUCCCAGACCCAGUCCUGAGGCUCAAAGGAGUCAUCGGUUUUGGGGGUCACAGCACCCAGUGGGCCCUGUGGACCAAAGAUGGCGUGUCUGUUGUUUACCCUUGCCAUGCAGUCAUCAUCGUCCUACACAUUGAUACUAGACAGCAGAGAUUUUUCCUUGGCCACACAGACAAGGUCUCUGCACUGGCACUUGAUGGGAAUGAUACACUGCUUGCCUCAGCCCAAGUGCAGCCUCCCAGCAUGGUGCGUCUCUGGGACUUCCAGACUGGGGGAUGCCUGUCCCUCUUCCGAAGCCCACUGCACACCAUCUGCUCCCUCAGCUUCUCUGGCAGUGGUGCGCUCCUCUGCGGUGUGGGCAAGGACAAGCACGGGAGGACGGUGGUGGUGGCCUGGGGCACAGACCAGGUGGGCCUUGGUGGCGAGGUAGUGGUUCUUGCAAGAGUGCAUACUGAUUUUGAUAUUCAGAACUUCCGGAUUGCCUUUUUUGAUGAAACCAGGAUGGCGUCAUGUGGUAGGGGCAGUGUGCGGCUGUGGCGACUGCGGGGUGGUGCCCUGCGCUCCUGUGCUGUGGACCUAGGAGAGUACUGUGCUCUGGAACUCACUGACCUUGCCUUUGCACAGACCCCGGAUGGCCACCGGGCACCCUCGGCCAGCAUACUCUUUGUGUGUAGCCAUAGCGGCCACAUUUUGGAGAUUGACCACCAGCACAUGGCUGUGCUGCACAUCCGCCGCUUGCUGCCCACACAGCCCCCUGCUGUUCCGCUCACUGAGAAGCAGAACUUCAGCUCAGGGUCCGGCAUUGCCAUCAGCAGCCUCAGCGUCUCUACUGCCACAUGUGCUGUGGGCUCUGAGGAUGGCUACCUGCGACUCUGGCCCCUGGACUUUUCCUCGGUGCUCCUAGAGGCCGAACACGAUGGCCCUGUGAGUUCAGUCUCCUUCAGUCCCGAUGGCCUGCGUGUGCUGUCCACCACUACUUCAGGCCAUCUGGGCUUCCUGGACGUCCCCUCCCGGGAGUAUACUGUGCUGGCACGCUCCCACAUGGCCCCAGUGCUGGCGCUUUCUACAGAACAGAACCGGGGACAGAUGGCCACUGUGUCCCUUGACCACACUGUUCGCAUCUGGGAUCUAGCUACCCUCCAACAGCUGUAUGACUUCUCCUCUGGUGAAACCCCUUGUGCUGUCGCCUUCCACCCCACAUUGCCAAACUUCUUCUGUGGCUUCAGCAGUGGGGCUGUACGCUCCUUCAGCCUGGAGGACUCUGGAGCACUGGUAGAACACACGCGUCACCGAGGGGCCAUCACCAGCCUGGUCAUCACCCCUGACGGCAGAUUCCUGUUCAGCUCCUGUUCUCAGGGCUCCCUGGUCCAGUACAGCUGUGCCGUCUCCCGAUGCUGCGUCCUACGUGUGGCAGCCAACAUGGUAUAUCAGGAUGGCCGCCCCAACCCCAAUAUUCUGGCAGUCAGUGGAGACAGCUGCCGGCUGGCCUUUGUGGGCCCCUCUAAGUGCAUGGUGACAGUCAUGGAGUCAGCCUCCUUGGACGAGCUACUACACGUUGAUGUCAGCACCCUCAACCUGGCCAGCAACCACCUGGACUGGGCUGUGGCUGUGUGCUUCAGCCCUGGGGACUCAGGCCAUCUGCUGGUGUCCACAUCCUCUAACAAAAUUGUGGUACUGGAUGCUGUGUCGGGACACACUAUCCGGAAGUUUUCCAGUGUCCGCUCCAGAGCCUGCUCCUCUCUGGCUCUUAGUGAGGAUUCGAGUUUGCUGCUGGCAGCCACUGGCCGGACCAUUACAGUAUGGGAUUAUCCAGCACAGGGGAACUCCGGCUGCCAGGUAUACAUUGGCCACUCUGAGCCUGUACAUGUUGUAGCCUUCACCCCUGAUCAGCAGCAGGUCCUCAGCGUGGGGGAUGCCAUCUUCCUCUGGGAUGUCCUGGCUGCCCCUGAGAGUGACCCAAGUGAACCUGGGGUCCCUCCAGUCCAUGAGGCCGGCUCCAGCGUAGGACAGCUGGAGGACCUGGCUUCUGGGGCCAGUGGACUCCCUCGGCAGCAAGUGCCCAUUCCAUCUCCGGCAUCCCCAUCCCCAUUGAGUGUCCAUGACAGGCCCUUUGAAGGCAGCGCUGGCACUUUCUCCACAUCGGAUGAGGAAGGACCCUGUGAGGAAAACCAUGUUUCUGAGGCAUUCCUUCAAGGCCAGGGGCCGACCCCACCUGUGCUCGUAGAGAGGGAGGCCAGUGGAGCUGGGGAUGGUCCUCGGGAGGCUGCCAAGGGCUCUUGGGCACCAGCUGCAGUUCCUUAUCACUGCAGCCAGACAGGUGAAUGGAGCCUUCGGAGAGUAAAGGCUGGGCUCCCAACCCGCCCGGACUCCUACAAGCACUUCACUGCUCGAUAUAAGGCCUCUACACGGGUCAAGAGUGUCUCCCUCCCUCCCGUUGGCAGGGAGCAGCUGCGACUGAAGGCCGUUGUGGGCUACAAUGGGAACGGGCGGGCCAACAUGGUCUGGAGGCCCAAUACAGGCUUCUUUGCCUACACGUGUGGCCGACUGGUGGUGGUCGAGGACCUGCAUUCUGGCACCCAGCAGCACUGGCUUGGCCAUCCCCAGGAGAUCUCUACCCUGGCACUCAACCAGGAUGGCCAGGUCUUGGCCUCUGCCUCCUGCUGUGGCAACACAGCUGCCCGCUGUCAGAUCCGAAUUUGGGAUGUCCCCAAGGGCCUGUGUCGGCACAUCCUUUCCCACCAUGACACAGCUGUACAAGCUCUGGCCUUCUCACCAGAUGAUGAGUUCCUUGUGACACUGGGGGACUAUGCUGACCUCACCCUUGCCUUGUGGAGCAUGGCCACCUAUGAACUCCUGUCAUCUACUCGCCUCCCAGAGCCUGCGCAUGGUGUGGCCUUCAACCCCUGGGAUGCCAAUGAGCUCAUCUCUGUGGGCACAAGUGCCAUUACCUUCUGGCUCCUGCAGCACCAUGGGACAGACACCAGCUUCCAGGUACACCGAGAACCAGUCCCCGAGGAACUGGGGACAUCCGAGUUGACCUCACUCUGCUGUGGGGCCAGCCCCCUGCUCUACUGUGGCUCCAGCUCUGGCCAGGUCUGUGUCUGGGACACUGGCACUGGCCGCUGCUUCCUGGCCUGGGAGGCUGAUGAAGGCGAGAUUGGAGUGCUGCUGUGCUCGGGUUCGAGACUGGUCAGUGGCAGUAACACAAGAAGGCUGCGCCUUUGGGCUGUGGGGGUUGUGCCAGAACUGAGGCGCAAGGGCUCAAGUGCCAGAUCCAAUUCUGUUUUAAUGGAGCGUGAGCUGACCCUGGAUGGGGCUGUUGUGAGUGCCAGCUUUGACAGUGGCAUGGACAUGGGUGUAGUGGGCACCACAGCUGGCACACUCUGGUACAUCAGCUGGACAGAGGGCACUAGCACCCGCCUCAUCAGUGGCCACAGGAGCAAGGUAAACGAGGUGGUCUUCAGUCCCAGCGAGUCUCACUGUGCCACUUGUGGCGAGGAUGGGAGCGUGAGGGUGUGGUCUUUGGCCAGCAUGGAGCUGGUAAUCCAGUUCCAAGUGCUGAACCAGAGCUGCCUCUGCCUUGCGUGGACACCCCCAUCCUGUGAACGCCCAGAGCAGCAGCAGGUGGUGGCAGGCUAUAGUGAUGGCACACUUCGAGUCUUCAGCAUCUCUCGUACUGCCAUGGAGCUCAAGAUGCACCCUCACCGGACUGCUCUGACAGCCAUUGCCUUCUCCACUGAUGGUCAGACCAUCCUAUCUGGAGACAAGGAUGGGCUUGUGGCUGUAAGCCGCCCCUGUACAGGAAUGACCUUCCGAGUACUCAGUGACCACCGGGGUGCUCCAAUCUCUGCUAUCCAGAGCACAGGCAAAGAGUAUGAAGACCUAGGGGUAGAGGGUGGAGAACUGUGGCUCGCUGCAAGCGGGGACCAGCGGGUCAGCAUCUGGGCCUCUGACUGGCUCCGGGACCGCUGUGAGCUCCUGGAGUGGUUGAGCUUCCCUGCACCUGCCACCUCAGAGGCUCUAGGCCUCCUGCCCCCAUCUCUUGCUGCCUUCUGCCCUUGGGAUAGGGCGAUACUGGUGUGCGUGGGCCUUGGUACACAUGAAGAGGUGCUCUUCUAUAGCCUCCGCCAAAAGCAGGUAGUGCAGAAGAUGCCGCUGCCCUUCUUUGCCAUGUCCUUGAGCCUGUCCCCAGGGGCCCAGCUCAUGGUGGUUGGCUUUGCUGAAUGCAUGCUGAGGCUCCUAGACUGCGUGUCAGGGACUGCCCAGGACUUUGAAGGCCAUGAUGACUCAGUACACCUGUGUAGGUUCACCCCGUCUGGCAAACUGCUCUUCACAGCUGCUCAUAAUGAGAUCCUGGUGUGGAAAGUCACCAGCCCCUGAACUAUUGCUAGGAACAUAAGCAGAAAAGCCAGGCUGUGAAUUGCUGUAUGCUGAGCCAGGAUGUCUGGGACAGGCUCCAGAACUACAUAUCUUGAAUGUGGGUGACCUGAACAGAUUAAGAAGGCAAUGUCUUAGAAUGUGUGAAGACAUGGAUUCGAUCCCCAGAAUCACUCCCCGCCACACACACACACACACACACACAAGACUUAAUAUACUGGGAAGGUUUUUCACAUAAGGUUGUUUUAUUGUUUUUAUUUUGUACAGUUUAAAUAAAUAAAA